UUACAGAUUCUUCGGGACAAAUAGCUCCUAUUUGUAUUGAUUAUGGGUUAACCUUUGACAUAUCAGGUUAAUGGCGUUUGCACUCGCUAAGAAGUGAAAGGAAGGAGUAGUUUGUCCUUCUGGGGAUCCAUACCUCUGCGCAUGCGCAUGUCAAUGUCGGCAGGUUGAGCGUGAGUAGCGAAUGUUUGUUCUAGUAACGGUGGCUGUCGCACGUAGUGUUAUUGCGUACUGUCGGGUUUAUGUGGACGAAGUGGUCAUAUAGAGCAUAGUGUGUGUAAACUAAUCACAUGGCUCUCAGAAGGUGUUGCGGGUUUGCGGGGGUCGCUCCGCGGCUGUUAUGGAACAGUGCCGUCCUGCCUCGGGCUUCUGCCCCCGGACGAACCCCUGCGUCCAGCCUGGUCAACACUCCCCACGGUCGCAAAACCGCAGGGUCGCAGCCCCGCGCGUUCAGCUCUGCGCCUCCGAGCACGGAUGUGAGUUAUGAGCAACUGAAGCAGCUUCUGGCCGGCCGAAAAGUUGUGGUUAUAGAUGUCAGGGAGCCCUGGGAGCUCAGGGAGUAUGGCGUCAUCCCCGGGUCAAUCAACGUUCCCCUGGGACAGGUGAACACUGCCCUCCAGCUGGGCCCGGAAGAGUUCAAUGAAAAGUAUGGCGGUGAAAUGCCCCAGCAGACGGAUAACAUUGUGUUCACCUGUCUGGCAGGGGUCAGGAGCAAGGCGGCACUCAACACGGCCGCGUCGUUGGGAUACAAAGAUGUUCAGCAUUACCUGGGCGGAUGGCAAGACUGGGCGAAAAACGAACAGCAGAACUGAUCCAAGGAUGGCAAAACUGGAAAUAUAUCAUUUUUUAAGAUGUUCAUUCACUCGUCUGUUGUUUCCCUCAUCUGUGAUUCCCAAAAACUGAAACCAGAGGGCUCAACACACAUCAACAAGUCCCGUCUGCUGCGAAAGAAAACAUGUCUAAACUACUGCAAUAUUACUUGAAGUCACUCGUAAUUUAUCUUCCUCGUGGAACUAUUUAUAAACCCUUUACGACUUCUAAAGAGACA